AUGUCAAAAAUUUCGGAAAACUCAAGUUCUAUUAAUAAUGAUAAUAUAGAUAGGGAUGUGACAACUACUAUCCAGGAUGAAGCGCCCAGCAAUACUAACUUUACGCUUUUAUAUGAAAAACUUUGUGAUGCUAUAAUUCUUGCUGAUCGUAAAACCCAAGAAGCUAUCGUGUGUUAUUGCCUAUUUGGAAAGGUACUCAUUCAAAGACGUAAUGAAAUAGCAUCGGAAAGGCAAGUUGAUCCAGAAUCCAAUACUAGAAUCGAAAAAGCAAAGAAGCUUUAUAAACUUUUUGAUGCAAUAGAUAAUGUAUCCUUUGAUUAUAGCAUUGAUGUGAGCUUGCCUCUGGCUGAGUUACGGGAUGAUGAGAAAAGUUCUGUAACCCAACUUUGUGAACCGAGUUCACGAAGUGAUCGGCAAAAUUCUUGUGAGAAGGAAAAUAAAAAUUCAGAAACAUUUGCUUCCUCUAUCCCAUUGUCUAAUACACUUGUUUCUAAAGAGUCUGAUGAUUUGGACUAUACUCCAUUCUCUACUUCCUUUGAUAAUAGCUAUCUAGAGAAUCGCAUCAGUAAUAUAACUGCAGAAACUUUUCAUAGUUCUAAAGAUAUAUGCCCCAUAUUUUUCGUUUUAUAG